CUAUGACAAGGUACUUUCUUUACAUGAGGAUUCAGCAACCCCUGUGGCUAACCCUCUCCUUGCAUUUACUCUUAUCAAACGCCUGCAGUCUGACUGGAGGAAUGUGGUGCAUAGUCUGGAGGCCAGUGAGAACAUCCAAGCUCUGAAAGAUGGUUAUGAGAAGGUGGAGCAAGACCUUCCGGCCUUUGAGGACCUUGAGGGAGCUGCAAGGGCCCUGAUGCGGCUGCAGGACGUGUACAUGCUCAAUGUGAAGGGCCUGGCCCGAGGGGUCUUUCAGAGAGUCACUGGCUCUGCCGUGACUGAUCUGUACAGUCCUAGAAGGCUCUUCUCCCUCACAGGAGACGACUGCUUCCAAGUUGGCAAGGUGGCCUAUGACAUGGGGGAUUACUACCAUGCCAUUCCAUGGCUGGAGGAGGCUGUCAGUCUCUUCCGAGGAUCAUAUGGAGAAUGGAAGACAGAGGAUGAGGCAAGUCUAGAAGAUGCCUUGGAUCACUUGGCCUUUGCCUAUUUCCAGGCAGGAAAUGUUUCGUGUGCUCUUAGCCUCUCCCGAGAGUUUCUUCUCUACAGCCCAGAUAAUAAGAGGAUGGCCAGGAAUGUCUUGAAAUAUGAAAGGCUCUUGGCAGAGAGCCCCAACCAGGCGGUAGCUGAGGCUGUCAUCCAGAGACCCAAUGUACCCCACCUGCAGACCCGAGACACCUACGAAGGGUUAUGUCAGACCCUGGGUUCCCAGCCCACUCACUACCAGAUCCCUAGCCUUUACUGCUCUUAUGAGGCCAAUUCCAGCCCCUUCCUGCUGCUUCAGCCCAUCCGGAAGGAGAUCAUCCACCGGGAGCCCUACGUUGCUCUCUACCAUGACUUUGUCAGUGACUCAGAGGCUCAGAAACUUAGAGAGCUUGCGGAACCAUGGCUACAGAGAUCAGUGGUGGCAUCAGGGGAAAAGCAGUUAGAAGUGGAGUACCGCAUCAGCAAAAGUGCCUGGCUGAAGGACACCGUGGACCCAAUGCUGGUGACCCUUGACCACCGCAUUGCUGCCCUCACAGGCCUUGACAUCCACCCUCCCUAUGCAGAGUAUCUCCAGGUGGUGAACUAUGGGAUCGGAGGGCACUAUGAGCCUCACUUUGAUCACGCUACGUCACCAAGCAGCCCCCUAUACAGAAUGAAGUCUGGGAACCGAGUUGCAACUUUUAUGAUCUAUCUGAGUUCAGUGGAAGCUGGAGGAGCCACAGCCUUCAUCUACGCCAACUUUAGUGUGCCUGUGGUUAAGAAUGCAGCACUGUUCUGGUGGAACCUGCAUAGGAGUGGUGAAGGGGAUGGUGACACACUGCAUGCUGGCUGUCCUGUCCUGGUGGGAGAUAAGUGGGUGGCCAACAAGUGGAUACAUGAGUAUGGACAGGAAUUCCGCAGACCCUGCAGCUCCAGCCCUGAAGACUGAAAUGUCGGCAGAGAGACACUGGUGGAGUCCUGUGGAUUUCUGGAGAAGCCAGGAGCCAAGAGCUAGGGUAGGAGAGGAGAAGGGAGAGCAGGAAGAAGGCUUCGUCAGCACUGCCCAUUCCUUGCCAGUGGGAGGCAGGGAAGUGAAGUGGUCUUUACCAGAGGACACCUGAGAAUUUACAUUUGUUUCUGCUCCAGCCAUGAGAGUCAGAGUAGAGUGCACAAUGCAAAGGAGGGGACAGUGGAGGCCUGAGAGAGAAAGUGUCUGGAGCUCACACACUCUCUAUUGGGAACAGGACUUAUUGACAGCCUGUGGGGUUUCAUCACUGGGGCUUUGGCUACUUUGAACAUUGACCACAGGGACCCAGAAGUGGCAGUGGGGUCACCUGCAGGAGGGGCUAGCCCGACUCCCAUGGCUUUAAGCCCUUCUUCCCAUGACUGCCGUGGAAGCCCCAGCAGGGAGUGACUCCAUUUGAGAAGUACCCCUAUAAGUGGUAUAUCGUAUGAUGAUUUUUUUAAAGUAGAAAGCAACUUUCUUUUCAUAAGAUUUUUUAAUACAGCCAUUAAAAAUGUUUACAGAUCAUUUUUUC